GCUUUGAGGGUUGGCAAAUGAGGGUCCAUAUACUUCAUUUGUGGACUCAAUUUCUUGUUGUAAGUUUUUUUUCUAUGGUCCCUCUCUAACUCUUAUUUAUCACCCCUUUCACUUCUUACACAAAACUUUCUUUUUUUCCAUCCUCAACUCCUCUUCUUCCAAUCCCGUUGUUGCAGCUCUCUCUGUCUCCUCCUGGUUAUCCACAGUUGAAGAAAACAAUACAGGGUUGAGUUGUGGUAAUAUAGUUCGGGUUAAGAGGGAAAUUGAUGAUUGAUUCAGUCUUACUACAUUGAUGAGCUUAAUGGCACUCACUACAAGCAAGAUUUCAGCUGGUCCAAUGGUUGCUAAUAGAGCAAAUGGCAGUGAACAGUGUGGGAUCAUUAGUUCCUUUUCCAAGUCCACACAACAUAAUGGAUUGUAUUCAAACUUCCAUAGAAUUGAAUUCCGGAGACCUGGAUGUGGAUAUCUGUUAUCCGCCAAGCUCAUGUUGUCUUCCGAGGUUUUGUGGCGCAUUUCUGUUAAGCCAUGUACUUAUGCUGUAAAUCGGGAAAAUUCUUUUGUAUGCCAUUCAAGAGGAACACGAAAUGCAGAAGCUAAAGAAUGUGUUAGGAACGCUGAUGAUUGCACUGAUACAGUGAGUUACAGAGCUCAAAUUGGAGAUGAGGAAAACACUUCUAUUUACCCAACUCAGGGCUUAGGUGGCAUUGGUAAAUUUGUUGACAAUGAUGCGAAGUUUGUAAAUGAAAGAGCACGUAAUGACCUUGUCUUGCUUUCACGUGGCCUAAUGAGGUUGAAUGACCGUGCAUGCCAAGAUGUUGCAGUUCUUGGACUGGGUGUUCUUAAGCUUGAUGCUCGCGCAAGAGAGGAUACUGAGAAGAUCGACAACAGUGUGAAGGCAAAGGCUGAGCGCUUACAUCAUAUAACAACAAUUCUAAAAGAGAUAGCUGAAUCCAAAUUGUUGAGUGUUGCUAACAAGCAUUGGAAUGAUGGGGCGUUAGAGGCUGAUUUGAGGCGUGCUGACUUCUUGGCUAAAAGACGUGCCAUGGAAGAUGCCUAUACGGCUUUGGAGUUUGUGAAGAACAUCCAUGACAUGAUGGUUACUAAGAUGUACAAACUACCUAUACGUAGGAAUUCAGAUUCUUCAUCAGCUAAUGACAUCAGAAGUGUAAUGCUUGAAAAGAAUGGGAAGACUGCUGAUUUUUUUCCUGGGGAAAUUUCGUCCAGCAGCAUAAACUCCAUUAAGGAAGUUUAUUUGAGUAUGGCGUCUGCUCUAUCUGAAGCUGAUGGAAUUGACUACACUGACCCUGAGGAGCUUGAAUUAUUAGUUUCAGCUCUUAUAGAUCUGGAUGCAAUGGAUGGUAAAAGUAGUGUCUCUUUAUUGGCGGAGUGCUCAAGCUCUCCUGAUGAUAGCACAAGACAAGCACUUGCCAAUGCACUGUCAGCAGCUCCAUCAAUGUGGACUCUUGGGAAUGCCGGUAUGGGUGCAUUACAGAGAUUGGCAGAAGACGAAAACCCAGCUAUUGCUGCAGCUGCAUCAAGAACCAUAGAUGAACUAAAGAAACAAUGGGAAAUUGAAGAGGGAGAUAGUUUGAGAUUCAUGAUGAACGACAAGCCAUGGAAGGAUACAGAAGAAAUUGAUCUCAAAGACGAUGAGGAAGAAGACGACACAGAUGUCAAGAAAGAUUGAGAAACUCAGUGCUUUUUUAUUGUAAAUAUAUAGACGAAGUUCACCAAAUGAUGAUCAAUAGACUGUUAAUUCUUCAAGAACUGAAACAAGCUGAUAAUAUGUUAUGAUAAAAGCUGUCUCAUUUCUUGUUUUGUCAUGUCUCUAGACUCUCAGACGAUUAAUUCUCUAAAUAAACAAGUUCUAAUCUAAUUCCAUAAGUUCACUUGA